GAUGAUUUCGGCUCGGUCAUCGGUGUCAGCAUAUCUAUGGAAAAUUAGCGAUGCAUGUCGUCGGUGUGAUUCGCUCAUACUACUCUCCCAUUGUCAGUCCCCCCCUUGAUGUAAUUUAACUGAAUUAUGGUGUAGAAAUGCCCACAAUAUAGUUUUGACUGGCCAGUGAUGCGCCCGUGGUACCAUUACACCAUAGUGGACAUAGACUGUUAUCCUGAAGUGUUGUUUGUAAGUGCUACGACAAGCUACGGAACGUAGACGCCUUUGCUGAAAGCUCAAGACCUUAUGUGCGGUCGGUGACGUAAGGAAGAAGACAGCAAGAAGAUGAAGCCCCGAGGGGCGAGCGUCAUGCACGCCUUUACUGCCCUGACUAUGCUCACUAUGGCCAACGCCCAAACAACAUGCAACCAAGGGAUGGGGCGGGUAAUGUACGAAAGAUUACCAAAUCAGCAGCUGCACGGAUUCGAUGAUGAUGUAAUACGAGAAACAGCACCGCCAUUUCGGGUAUUAGAAAAAUGUCAGGACCUAUGUCUCAGGGAUCGUUCCGGUAACAGUCUGGUCAGGACGUGCAACUCGAUAGACUUUCAGCCUGGAGCUCGCAUUGCAGCCUUUAGCCCUGAACCCGAGUACGAGGAAUCAACGUGCUAUUUGACGAGAGAACAGGCCGCUCCGGAGGGCAUUGGCACCCUCAUGAUUGUGCCCAACAGUGUGCAUUUCAAUGAGAUCUGUCUGACGUCCAAUCGUCCAGAACGAGAAUGCCCAUCCCGUCGCUAUGUGUUCGAACGUCAUGCUCGAAAGCGCUUGAAGCUACCACCGUCAGAUCUCAAGGAAAUCAUGGUUACCAACAGAACCGAGUGCGAGGAUAAAUGUUUAGGCGAAUUCAGCUUUGUAUGCCGAUCGGCGACUUACGAUUCCGCCUUACGAACAUGUUCUCUAAGCAGAUUUACUAGAAGAACACACCCUGAACUGUUAGAGGAUGAUCACAAUGCCGAUUAUUUGGAAAAUACUUGUUUGAAUGCUGAACGCCGAUGUGACGGAUUAGCUGUCUUCAUAAAAGAGGAAAACAAAAGACUUGGAGGACCUUUUGAAGCUGAUGUCUUCUCGAAUAUGACUCUGGACGAGUGUCAAUCAAUGUGUGUUCGAGCUGAAAAAUAUUUCUGUCGAUCCAUCGAACACGACGCAAUGACGAAGCAAUGCGUCCUCUCGGAAGAAGAUUCUGUUUCUCAAAAAGACGACGUAACCGUCAGUGCAUCACCCACACACCACUUCUACGACCUCGUUUGUUUAGAUAAUCUCUCUCAUCGGGUGACAGCUCGUGGGACCGAGUACCCGGACAACAGUGUGACGUCACACCUGUUCUCGCCCGGAAGAAGACCGGAUACCGCCUUCCAGAGGUACCGGAACAGCCGGAUCACCGGCGAGUUUCAUUCCGAAAUAACCGGACGAUCGCUCAGCGAGUGUUUGGACGAGUGUCUGAGGCAAACGAGUUUCCAGUGCAGGUCCGCCGUGUACAGUGAUCGCGCAAGGACUUGCAGACUCAGCAGAUACAACCAAAAGGAUGGCAUGCGACUGUUGUAUGAUCCAGACUUCGAUUACUAUGAAAAUCUAAUGCAUCAGCUAGUAAGUGGAGAAAACGAGGCUGGGGGAACAGCAGGAGGAUCAAAAUCGUCUUGGGGGUCUAAUUCAUCAGGUGGUAGUAAAGGCGGAGAUCGAGAUCGGGAUCGGGAUCGGGAUAGGGACCGGGACAGGUAUCCACCCGACGUAGAUCGUUAUCCGGAUGACGACCGGUACUACGAGGACGAUCGUUACCCGCCACGGCCCGACCGGUACCCAGACGACCGGUAUCCGAUCGGCCCUGAACCUUAUCCUGAUAGAUACCCCGGUGAUCGCGACCGGUAUCCAGCAGACAGAUACCCGGACGAUAGAUACCCUCCUGGCGUUGGACCGGAUAGAUUCCCAGUAGACCGCUACCCUCCACCGAUCGACCAGUAUCCGCCAGGCGUCGACAACAGAUACCCAGCGUACCCUGGUGGCAGAUACCCAGUAGGAGACCGAUACCCAAUUGACGGCGGACGGCUUCCUUAUGAUCCACCGAAUGACAUUGGUGGCAGAUACCCAACAUCAGAUCGGUACCCUGUCAGUAGAUACCCUAUUGACGUUUAUCCGGACAGAUUUUCUCCAGACCGAUACCCAGCAGACAGGUAUCCGGCACCAGAGAGGAGGCCGAUGAGGCCAUGGUCCAGCAGAUAUCCUGAUCGAUACAAUCAGGACCGGUUUUCUGGCUCUAGCGAUUGGGGUCGCUACCCGUACGGGCAGUACCCUGUUGGCGUGAAUCGAGAUCCUGUACCUUUGGGUGGUGACCGCUAUCCUGAUAUGUAUGAUAAAUAUCCGCCGACCGGAUCAUCAUAUCCUGGUUAUGGACGAGGUGGUUAUUAUGGCCAAGACUACCCAGCCGUAGACAGAUACCCGACUGAAGACCGAUAUCCUGAUAGAGGAGUUCGUCCUGGAGCAGACAGAUACCCUGUUGAACCAAGGCCUCCAUUUGGAUCAAGAAGGCCUGUCGAAAGACCAGGUGGUUAUCGUGGAAGCUAUCCACCACCAGCAUUAGAUAGACCCAUAGGUGGUUACGGUGGUUACGAACCAGAUGGACCAAUACCUCCCGUUGGUAUUCCAGUAAAUUCUCCGGUUGGUGGUGUUUUAGGUGGUCAUAUCGGAGGACCAAUAGGGGGACCAAUAGGUGGUCCUAUUGGAGGACCGAUUGGUGGGCCAAUUGGCGGCCCCAUUGGUGGCAGACCUCCUAUUGCCCCAAGGCCAUGGCAAGGUUCUAGGUGUGAAGAAGAAAGCUUCAGACAAGUUGGCAGGCAACGUAUGCAACGGAGAUUUGUACGUCGUUUCACAACAGCUCAAUCUUUGGCACAUUGCCAACGGGAAUGUAUUGAAGCUCGCGAUUUUAUUUGUCGGUCAUUCAACUACAGGGAUGUAGGUUACGGAGCCGAACCACGUGACAAUUGUGAACUUAGUGAUCGUGAUACUCGGGAAUUGGAUGCAGCCAAUCCAGCUCAUUUUGAUAAUACAGCAAACGAUUACGAUUUUUAUGAAAGAGCACUUGGAAGAAGCGCUGACGAUUGUUUAGAUGUAUCACAAGUAUGUAACGAAGAUGGAAUGGAAUUUACUCUCCGAUUACCAGAAGGUUUCUAUGGACGCAUGUACACUUAUGGCUUCUAUGACCGAUGUUUCUUCCGCGGUAAUGGUGGCGUUUCUAACGUACUGAGAAUUACUGGAGCACAUGGUUAUCCUGAGUGUGGUACACAGCGGUACGGCGAUACAAUGACGAACAUUGUAGUUGUACAAUUCAGUGACAAUGUUCAGACAUCGAGAGAUAAACGGUUCAAUUUGACUUGUUUAUUCAGAGGACCCGCUGAGGCUGUUGUAACAUCGAAUUAUAUUGGAGCUGGGUCUGGAAGUCCAAUACCGAUUGAAUAUUUGCCAGAGGAAAGUUCAUUGAACUCAAAGGUCAGACUGCUAAUCCUGUAUCAAGGCAGACCGACCACGACGAUCGCCGUGGGAGAUCCUUUGACAUUUAGACUUGAAGCUCAAGAUGGAUAUAAUUAUGCCACGGAUAUAUUUGCUACGAAUGUAAUCGCCAGAGAUCCUUAUUCGGGACGUUCGGUUCAACUUAUAGAUAGAGUCGGAUGCCCAGUGGAUCCGGACGUUUUCCCAGAAUUAGACAAGGGACGCAACGGUGACUCGCUGGAAGCUAGAUUCAACGCAUUUAAGAUUCCCGAGUCGAACUUCUUAGUAUUUGAAGCGACCGUUAGAACGUGUAGAGAUGGAUGCCAGCCCGCUUAUUGCCCGAGCCACACCGGCCGAUCCGAGCCUUCCUUUGGCCGUCGACGAAGAGACGUCAACUCUACGAUUGAAGCUGAAAAGAAUAACACAACUGAAACUGUGAAACCAGAUGAAGAUGCAACGAACAAAACUGACAAUAAGAGCGAAGCAUCUGUGUACAAGAUCUCAUACGAAGAGGCAACUGUCGACAAAUAUCUGAAGGACGAAGUUGAAACUCCGAGUCAUGUUCGAAAGAUGAUUGAGGUGUUCGACAACCGUAACGAGAUGAUAGAAGAAAAUGGCCCGGCGGACUCGGCGCCUGUAGUGGCCGCGGUAGGCGUAUGCGUGUCGCCCUACCACUACCGCGCCGUACUCGUCGCUCUGUGCGUUCUUCUGUCGCUUCUGUUGGCUAUGCUGACCGCUGCACUGUAUAUUUACAAGCGGUAUUGGCGCGUGUUACGCAAGAAUAUUGAGGUGACGUCGGCGCCCAUGCACCGGGCAGCUGCGCCUGCGCCGCGUCCUACGCGCCCUUCUCUGUUCUCCGCCUCACAUCUACAUAAACCGUUCUCUUUAAGUGGUCUGGGAAGAAACUUCUCCGAAAUAGGCGAGGAAGCGGGGUCGUCAGGACGUUUGGCGAACGCAUUUGACGACGGCAGUGAACCAAUUUACACAGACCCCUCACUCUUUGAACGGUCUAGGUCUCUCCGAUCGCUGCAUUCACUGGACUUGAAACCCGAUCGUCGUGAACAUCACGCAUGAAAAUAUGAACUACCCUCACUUAAGAAUUCUCAGCCUGCAUUGCGGAAUAAUACUGCGUUGAUUUAAAUUGUAGUAUGGAAUAAACAAAAAGCGACCUUAAUGUAACGAAAUAGGGUUUUAUCUUGUAUACUAAAUAUGUUUAAUAUUGUUAUUAUUUCGUAAUGCCAGUUUGCUAUAAUAUUUAACUUUCAAUCAAAUAAAUGUCUAAAUUCUUGACUAACUAAAUAAAUAAUAAUUUAGUCUUAACUGUCUAAAUGUGCUCAGUUUCUAAUCCAUCCAAAGAUCUUUUAUUUUUAUUGUAAUUUGUAGUACAUAAUAUUAUUUUUUACUCAAUUUCUUAAUUCUAUUCUAUUUAUAAAGAUUUAUUGUAAGUCAGUACUAAUAAAUAAAAGUCUUUUACAGUGAUUACGCAAAUCUUUUAUUUCUCAAUUGAAAGCUUUGCCCAGCAUAGCAAUAUUUGCUAUUUAAAAAUAGAUAUUUUUAUGAAGAGAGAUUUAAUUAGUAAGAACUAGUACUCUUUUUUGAUUUUAAUAGUCAGCUA